AUGCCGCAGUUGUUCAUGCUUUCACGUACCGGAAGCGCGGAAACAAUCACUGCUCAUUAUUUAUUUGCAUUGGGAACAUAUCGCGCUUUGUAUAUCUUGAAUUGGGUAUAUCGUUAUUAUACUGAGGAAUUUUUCGAUCCUAUUGCAACUGUUGCCGGUGUCGUACAGACUGUACUUUAUGCCGAUUUUUUCUAUCUAUAUGUUACACGAGUGAUUCGAGGACACAAAAAUCUGGAGCUUCCCGCUUAG